AUGGGGGCAGGGGUUUGGGAUGUGCGACCCAACACAAUUACAGAAACGUGGGCGAGCGGCCGGACCAACAGGUUGUAUCUGCCAUCUAAUGUGGCGGGUGUUGGUGGUUGGCCACACAACGAGCAGGUUGGCUUCUCGAGUCCGGUGAUUGCGGGUUGGAUGGUCAACACGCGUCGCCAGUCUUUAAAUGAUUCAUCACUACUCUAUCUUGCUUCUCUUCAUCUGACUUGGCCUUCCCCUUCCAUCCCCCAAAUUAUUUCAAUUUUUUUAGCUACGAUAUCAACGCGGCGAUCGAACAUCAUGCUGGCCAGUACAGUCGCGGAAGUCUCCGAGGAUCGAGGGCUGACGCUGUGGGCCUGCAUUACCACUUUUGCCAUACUUGCUUUCUUAACUGUCCUUGGACGGUUCUCAGCAAGACGCCUCAAGGCUGCGCCUUUGGCCGCCGAUGACUGGUUCAUCUUGCUCGCUUUGAUCUGGGUUUGGGCACUAUUCGGAAUAUUCGUGGCCUGUAGGCAGAACGGACUCGGAAAGCAUCGAGCAGUCGUCUCCGAAGCCCAGUUAUCCCAGUUCUACUAUCUUUUGUAUUACUUCCAACUCUGUUACGUCGUCGCACCGCCAACUGUUAAGCUGUCGCUCUUAUUCCUGUACAAACGUAUAUUCCCGUCUCGUCGCUUUCAUCUGGUGGUACACAUGAUGGCUCUGCUGGUCGCCCUGUGGGGUAUAACGUCCACAUUCAUCAGCAUCUUCAACUGCACACCAGUCAGCGCCUUCUGGACACGCAAAGGAUCGUGCUUGGAUUUCAAAAAGUUCGGCAUUGGAUACGCCAUCGUCAACAUCACUACUGACUUUGCAGUUUGGCUGAUGCCCAUGCCAAGUGUGUGGUCUAUACAGCUGCCGACGUCGCAGAAAAUCGCGCUAUGUCUAAUCUUUCUUCUGGGACUAUUUGAUUGUGCUGCGGCACUUACAAGACUUGUCACUUCGAUGCUAGUCCUCGACGAAAAGGAUGUUACGUGGUUCUACUCUACUGGAUUCAUGUGGUCCGUCAUCGAGGUCUCCACCGGUAUACUGUGUACUUGCCUCCCAACGAUGCGCAUUCUAUUACAGCAUAUGUGGACAAAGAGGGUUCGUCCAUCCAACAGCCACGAGGCCUCCGACAGUCGUGUCCUGUCUGGCCGCCAUGACAAAGCUGGCUGGCCGCAGAGACUGAGUUCCAGCGGAGGGAUAAGCUAUGACAGGAGCCACAGCAUGGGACACAAAGACUGCUCUGCAUUAAAUGACCGGUGUUUCGAGGUCCCCUCGACACGUGGAAGCGACGUUGAACUCAAUCCUGUGGGACAUGUCUAG